AUGAGUAUGUGGUCUGAUCUCAGCGACAAAUUAGACGAGAAGGUUUUGGAAGACUUGACGUCUAAUGUGAAGCAAAUACAAGACGAUGUAUUAAGGGAGAUACUCACACUUGCUAACACUGAGUGUCUUAGGCCUUUUCUCAAUGGGAGUUCUGAUAAAGAUGCUUUUAAAAAGAAUGUUCCCGUGACGACCUACGACGAUGUGAAGCUUUUCAUCGAUCGUGUCGCAAAUGGAGAGCCCUUUGAUGUAAUUUCAGGCACACCUAUUACCGGAUUCUCACUAAGUUCCGGAACUUCCGGAGGAAUACGGAAGAGGUUUCCAUGUACCAAGGAAUACUUGGAAAACUUGAACUUCAUCUAUUGUUACCGCUCACUCGUUAUAAGCAAACAUUUUGAUGGUCUUGAGCAUGGAAAGGGAAUGGUGUUUAACUUUUGUGUUCCAGAGCACAUAACUCCCUCUGGGUUGCCAGUUUCAGCUGCCACGACGCUCUUCUUUAAGAGUGAUUACUUCAAGAACCGACCAUCAUAUUGGCAUUGGUCAUUCACAAGUCCUGAUGAAGUCAUAUUGUGUUCAGACAACAAACAGAGUAUGUAUUGUCAUCUUCUCUGUGGAAUAGUUCAAAGAGACGAGGUUGUGAAGGUUGGUACAGCCUUUGUUUCUACAUUGCUUCGUGUAAUUACAUUUCUUGAAAAACAUUGGAAAGAAAUCUGCACUAAUAUUCGUUAUGGUCGUCUUAGCGAGUGGAUCACUGAUGUAAGUUGUAGGGACUCUGUUUCAAAGAUCCUUGGAGAACCUAAUCCUGAGUUGGCUGAUCUCAUAGAAAAUGAAUGCGACCAAAAGUCAUGGGAAGGUAUAAUUCAAAGACUUUGGCCUAAAACCAAAUUCAUCGAAAGCAUUGCAACUGGCCAAAUGGCUCAACACAUCCCGACGUUGGAGUUUUACUCUAACAAGCUGCCUUUGAUUUCUUCGAGUUACGUUUCUUCGGAAACAAUGUUUGGGAUUAAUAUGAAUCCUCUAUGCAAACCACAAGAUGUGUCAUACACGUUUAUGCCCCACUUUUCAUAUUUCGAGUUUCUACUUGUUGAUGCUGGUGAUGAAGUCGAAAUUGUUGAUCUUGUGGAUGUCAAGCUAGGGUGCCAUUACGAGCCUUUGGUCACAAAUCACUCCGGCCUACACCGAUAUAAGAUGGGUGAUAUUGUACAAGUGACUGGAUUUUACAAUAGUGCACCACAGUUUAGAUUUGCCCGUAGAGGAAAUUUGGUUCUAAGUGUUCAUAUGGAGACAACUACGGAUCAAGAUCUUUUAAAUGCGGUGACACGUGCAAAGACGGUUCUUGAAUCAUCAAAUUUGAUGUUGUUGGACUUCACAGGCUAUGCUGAUAUUUCUUCCAUUCCAGGUCACUAUGUUCUUUAUUGGGAACUCAAAGGAAAAUAUAACAAUAAUGACAUUGCUGAAAUUGAUAACAAGAUUUUAGUAGAAUGUUGUUACGUGGUGGAGGAAUCCCUGGAGAAUUUUUACAAAGAAUAUAGGAGAAACGGAUGGAUUGGACCUCUAGAGAUAAGAGUGGUGUACCCAGGAACUUUUGAUUCUCUCAUGGAGUUUUUCAUCAGUCAAGGUGCUUCUUCAACUCAAUACAAGACACCCAUUUGCAUCAAAUCUACAGAGGCCAUAGCAAUCUUAGAAGAAAAGGUUCAUGCUCGAUUCUUUACCGGAAAGUCCCUUUCUUUGAAGUUUUCAUCUUAA